UUGUCUCAGGAAACGCACACUUCCGCCUUUUGUUGCCUGAAGUAACUGAUUUUCCAUUUCCCCACCAGUCACCAGCUCGGUAAGCCGUUAGAAUAAAAGGUGAAGCUGCGCUUGGUUCAACUAUGUUCAGACAAAUAUGAAGUUUAUUCUAUUUUUAGACGCCUUACCGUUAAACGAACGGCGCAACUGCAAGGCUGCCCAACCAGCUCUGUGUGCAGAAGAGGAAGCUUGCUUUCAUUUUCUUAAAGAUAGGCAAGGAAGUGAUUUGGAGUAGCUAAAGUGCGGGGCAUGUUUUUUCUGAAGUGAGGGUCCUGAUGGAGUUUUCUGAUCACAUCAAGACGGCCAACGUGGAGGAUGUUGUGCUCCGGCAGCCGCUGCACCCACCGAGCCGAGGGACCCUGUGCAUCACCGGCCACCACCUGCUCUUCUCGGAGAGGGAGGAGGGCAGCUCCCAGCAGGUUCUGCUGCUGCUCAGGAACAUCGAUGCCAUUGAGAAAAGUGUGGAAAACCUUUUGGGCUAUCCCGGCUUCCUCUCUAAUGCAGCCCACGGUGACAGGAUGUCUGGAUCCUCAGGAACAAUUACCAUCAAGUGUAAAGAUCUGCGGGUGCUUCAGCUGGACAUUCCUGGCAUGGAGCAGUGCCUCAACAUCUCACGCUCCAUUGAGACCCUGUCCUGUCUGGACAAUGUGUCGGAGAUGUAUCCUUUCUUUUACAGACCCACUGACCUCAGCCUGCAGGACCAGUGGGGCCUCUCGACCCCUGAAAAACACUACACUCAAAUGAAGGAGCUGCAUGAGAGAUGGAGACUGAGCAGCGUUAACAAAAGCUACUCUGUGUGUCCUUCCUAUCCUCCGGCGGUCAUUGUUCCAAACUGCAUCGACGAUGAAACGCUGAAGAAGGUGGCCAAAUUCAGGCAGGGUGGCCGCUUCCCUGUCCUGUGCUACUAUCACAGAAAGAAUGGCAUGGUAAUCAUGCGCAGCAGUCAGCCGCUUACAGGUGCCAACAGGAAACGUUGCAAGGAAGAUGAACUCCUCCUUCAGGCUGUGAUUGAAGACUCAGAAAAAGGUUUCAUUAUCGACACCCGUUCAAGUCAGCAGGUUCAGCAGGCACGUAUGACAGGCGGAGGUUUUGAGUCCAAAUCAUUCUAUAACUGCUGGAAGAGACUUCACAGACAGAUGGAAAGGGGUAAGGCCCUCCAGGAGAGUCUGAUCAAACUGGUGGAGGCCUGCAGUGAUGAGUCCCACAACGUUGACCGCUGGCUCAGUAAGCUUGAGAAUUCAAAGUGGCUGUCUCACGUCCAGACUGCUCUGUCCACAGCUGGCCUGCUGGCAGAGUGUGUGGAGAGGGACGGACAUUCAGCUCUGGUCCAUGGCUAUGAAGGUACCGACUGCAGUUUGCUCAUCUGCACUCUGGCUCAGCUCAUCAUGGACCCAUUCUGCCGCACACUGGAGGGUUUCCUGGCUCUUCUGGAGAGGGAGUGGGUACAGGCAGGACACCCAUUCCAGCAGCGGUGUGCCCAUUCGGCUUACUCCCACGCUCGCUUCCAGCAGGAGUCUCCAGUCUUCCUACUCCUGCUGGACUGUGUUUGGCAGCUUUGGCGUCAGUUCCCCCUGGCAUUGGGUUUCUCAGAGGCGCUGCUCCUCAGACUGGCGAACGAGGUGUACGCUUCAGACUACGGCACCUUUCUGUGUAACAACGACCAGGACAGGUGUGCCCUGGGAGUUAAGGACAGGACUCACUGUUUGUUCCGAGCCCUGCUGAGGCCAGCUGAAAGAGAUUACUACUCAAACCCCCUGUAUGAGCCCACAGAGUUGGCAAUAUGGCCUUCAGUUCACCCUCAGUCCCUGCAGCUCUGGAGAGGCUUUUUCCUGAGGUGGACGCAGCUGGCACAUCAUCUUGAAGCGGUUCAGGAGGAAAUAAGGAGCAUGGUCAUUGAGUGGGCCAGGGUGGCACAGAGGUGACACCCCUACAAAGAAUUUACAAUUUUCAGCUGAAACAUGUUUCACAAAGUAAUAUUCACAUGUUUCUUCUUAAAUGUACAGUAUUUUUUACACCAUCUAAAAAAAAAAAAAAACUUGAAAUCUAAA